AUGGCGCCGAUCCCAGUCCACAUCAAGCAUGCGGGCAAGACGCACGAUGUCAGCCUCGACGUCGAGCAGCUCCCGGUCGUAUUCAAGCAGUCUAUCUACGAAGUAACCGGUGUACCAGUCGAUCGUAUGAAGGUCAUGAUCAAAGGUGGCGUUCUGAAAGAUGAUACUCCUUGGAAAAAGGUCGCGCCCAAAGAGGGACAAACGUUUAUGGUGAUCGGUGCGGCUGGUGAGCUACCCAAGCCGCCAGAAAAAGCGACGGUCUUCCUUGAAGAUAUGGACGAGAGUGAAUUGGCAUCAUCUGUUGCCAUGCCUGUCGGUCUAGUGAAUCUAGGGAAUACUUGCUACAUGAGUGCGUCAGUUCAGGCUCUCCGUGCAAUCCCAGAGCUACAAGUUGCAUUACGUGGUGGUCCAUCUGCCGGGAGUGCUGGGCCAAGCUCAACCAAUGCCCGGCUCAAUCCCUUAGCUCGUGCUCUACAAGCGUUAUACAAUCAGAUGGGUCAAACCACAUCCUCGGUUACGCCACAAACAUUUCUGAGUAUGUUGCGACAGGUGAACCCACAGUUCGCUGAAAUGGCUCGAGGCGGCGACAAGUCUAUGAUGCGUGGUUAUGCUCAACAAGACGCUGAGGAAUGCUACGCCCAAGUUCUGACUUCGCUUCGCGAGGUUCCUGGUUUACCAGCUAGUCAAGAAGGCGAAGCCAUGCAAGUCGACGAGGGUGCCGCGACGCCCUCAAAGUCGUUUAUUGAACAAUACAUGAUGGGAGAAAUGCUACGAACCAUGACCUGUGAUGAAGCAGAGGAGCCACCUACAACGCGUUCUGAAAACGUGAUGAAAAUCGAGUGCAACAUCACAAGUACUACUAAUUACCUGAUGCAAGGCCUGAUGAAUUCGCUGGAUCAAAACAUCGAGAAGAAUUCACCGAGUUUAGGAAGACAAGCCCUUUAUACUCAACGGUCGAGAUUAUCGCGUCUGCCCUCAUAUCUGACCGUGCACUUGGUCCGUUUCGCGUGGCGCGCCGACAUCAACAAGAAGGCCAAGAUAAUGCGCCGGGUGAAGUUCCCCACGGAGUUGGAUGCCCUGGAGUUGGUGACAGACGACCUCAAAGCCAGAAUGACGCCCGUGAACAGAAGACUGCAAGAGCUGAUCAAAGACCGCGCGGACAGGCUGAAGCAGAGAAAACGAACCAAGGCGAGGAAAGAGCGGGAGGCCCAGGCGCUGCGAGAGCCCAACCCUCCUCCUCCUGAGCAGGAGGAUGCGUCGGCGGCCGCUGGGCAGCCGACGGUGGACGAGGGGGGCGAGCUGGAGCCGGAGUCGGUGUACCGUCAGCGUGAAGGGGCGGAGUUGAAUGCGCUCGUAGACGAGAGCGCAAAGAAGGACACCGGCAGCAAUGUUACCGGGCUAUAUGAUCUCGUCGGCAUCAUCACACACAAGGGCGCGGCGGCGGAUGCUGGUCACUACAUCGCCUUCGUGAAGAAAAGCGCAAUCCACCCGGCCUCGGUGGAUAACCUCGAUGACGACGACGAGGAUUGGUACAAGUUCGACGACGAGAAGGUGUCCAUCUUCCCCAAGGAAAAGCUAGUCACGCUAGAAGGAGGAGGCGAAGACGCAUCGGCGUAUGUGCUACUAUACAAAGCAAAAUCACUAGUGUAA